GUAUCGGGUGUAUUGAUCAUUUCAAAGAACCAGCUUUAGCAUUCAUUGGGAUUCUCUAUUUCUCAUUUGUAAUCCCUUUGUUGCUGCAAGUUGUAGUAAAGCAAAUCCUCAUUUACACGUGAGGUAGUUUGGAGACCAUUUCCCCAGCCAUAAGUAACUGUUUUCACAGGCCACAAAGCCCGUGGGUGACAGCUUCCAAGUCCCAGGCGCAAAUGCCUGCCGCUUGUGGGAGAUAGGCUUUCUGCAAGCGUGUGGAACAUCCUAGUUACACAUGACCCCUUCAGAUUGUGCCUGAGACCGGGUUAGGAAAAUCAGCAGGGAGUCUUUGUCAGUGAGUGCAUCGUUUGAGGGGCCUGGGCACCUGGAUGCGGUCAUCGGUGCCAGCUCUGAAGCAUUUAGGAAAUGACCGAGCUCUUGAGAUGCUCGGUCCGGAGUGGUCAGGAGCAGCCUAGGAAGUGGGUGUUAUUCUUGUGAAAUAGAAAGUGCCGGAACAGAAGCAUCCCGUGAGAUGACUGACUGUGGUUUUCUUUCUCCUUCGCCAACCUUUGCUGCAGUCUUGCUUCUGGCCACACUACUGCCCUGCUACCUUCCAGCUGCUUGAGAUCCUCCAGCUUGACUCCCUGUCUGUUCACGGGCCGGGUGGAGCUUCCAGCCUGGACUAGACCCCCAUGGAUCCACCCCCGAAACAGAGCCCGGCGCUGGCUGCGGACGCCACCCAGACAUCCACGGCAGAGACUUCAGGGGACGGCCGUGCCGCCUGUCAGCCCCCCUCCACAGAGCAGCUCGUGAGGGGCCUGGGGAAGCUGCUCCCCAGAGCCGGGCCCGGCCUCCCUGCGCCGCUCCCAGAGGGGCUGCUCCAGCAGCAGUACAGGGAGGGCAAGACCCCCCCGCAGAGGCAGUGGGACAGGCUGCCAGUCUCCCAGAGGAAGACGGCAUUCCUGGGGCACCUGAGACGCAGGCACCGUGACCACAUGGCACCUUACCCGGUCGCUAGGGAGAACAGAGUCUCUCCGUCAGGUGACAGAGCUCAGAAUCGAUUCCGCUGCGAAUGUCGGUACUGCCAGAACAAUGACACGAGUGUGUCUGGGCUGUGCAGGGAGAGGAGCGGGGCCUCGUGGGAGACCCUGGUGCAGGGCCUCAGUGGCUUGAGCCUCAGCCUGGGGAGCAGCCAGCCUGGCCACCUGCCCCAAGGGGCCCUCCAGCAGCAGCAGCUGGAGCAAGAGGAGAAAUGCCAGCUCGAGAGGCAUCAGGAAAGCAAGAGAAUGUUCCACAGGCUGCUGAAGCAGUGGUUGGAUGAGAAGUGAGGCUCCCAGGGCGGGCACCUGCAGGAAUCCAGGCAGGGAUGCUGUCCUGCCAUUCCUGGGUGUGGGUCCCACGGGGGACCAAGCGAUUUGGGGCUGCCAUGGGAGGGGACCAAGACCUGUGUUUGGUCUGGAAAUCCCACGAGCAUGUGCUGAGAUCUAGUCCCGGCAAAGGGCCGUGUCGGGCCUGUCAUUUGUGGACGCCCUGAGGUGUUAGUGAAGGGCACUGCGUGCCGGCGGCCCCGCCUCCUGGGUUCUGACCCCCAUGAUGCAUGUGUCACAUUCCUGCUCGCGGUCUCUGUCUGCCCUGCCUCCUUUGUCACCCAGGCAGAAGGUGUCUGGGUAGUGUGACUGCCUUGUUGAUGUGCCUGCGCUGUGCUGUGUUAUCCGCUGCCUGCCGGGAGCACCGCUAGAUCUGUUGCCGUGCAGUGUUAUGCUGAGGUGCACGUUCAAGAUCUGGAGCUAAGCAAGGCACAGGAAGGGAAGUGUAAUUGAACUUGCUGGUCUGCUGGUCCCCCAUUGUGUGGUCGUGUACACUUGGAUGAGUUGAAUGUGAGCAAACCUCUCCCUGCUCCUUAACCUUCGAGCAGUAUUUGCCCUCGUGGGAAUUUCUGUUGGCCUGUGUCACAGUCAAUACUAAAUAAAUAGAAUGCAGCUUUCUCUGUCAAUGCCGGCUCGCGUCUUCUUAGACCUGAGACUGCCACGGAGUCCCCACCGGACCUCAGCAGGUGUCAGUGGGUCUGUGCCAAGUGGAUUUUGCAACAAGGAGGAGGGCAGCACCUGUCGGCGCACAGUCCGGACAUGCUCUGAGGCCCAGCUGCGGGACCGGCGUGCUGAGCUGUGAGGCAGUGCCCGGGAAGCGUCCUGCCAUGGCGGGGUGGGAGGCAGAAUCCACCCUUCCCUUUAGAAGACCCUGCGGGCUGGCACUGCGGACCUGCCCAGGCCCACACGGCCACCCUGGAAGCCUGGCACAUGGAAGUGGCGGCCGGGAGCAGCAGUGCCGUGGCUGCUUCGCGAGAAGCAGAGCUUUGAUGCUCUGAGGAAGGUGUUGGGCGUUGGACUGGUAGCUUGGAGUCUCAGGAGGUGGGAUGACCUCUUGCUUUUCUUCCCCUACAGAGUCCUGCCAUGUGUCCCCACUGGGUGGCCACGCCAUUCCUCUGAAAUAAUUCUGCUUUGUGUCAGUGUGUGUUUUUAGGUGGGUCCCUGAGCUGCGCGGCUUCCCAACAUCUGCGCCUCCAGCCGACACAAGGCGCCCGAGGACAGGUGAGUUCUCCGACAUGCUGAACUUGGGUGUCUGCUGAGAGCUCCAGGGUGAAGUGCUCCCAACUGCAGGGCACAGGGCACUGCCGGGGGAUGUCAUGUCCGGAACUCUGGGGUGCAGUGCAAAUGGGCUUACCUGGCACUCAUAGCCAGGCUGCAAGACACUGUGCUGUCUCUGACAUGUCCUGGGCUUCCCGGUGUGUGGGGUCACUGCCUUGCACGUGUGAGCUCCUUGAGUCCACAUUCCCCGCCCCACUCGUCACUUGCCCUCUCACCACAAGAAAUUGGCAGGCAAAGGCCAGAGCAGUGAGCAGACUGCCCGGGUUUGCACAGGUGGAACAGGCACACAAAGGCCACAGUGGAGGCCAGCCUGGGCCCCAGCUAGCCUCUGUCAGGACUGCCAGGGCAGGACGGCCAGCCAGUGAGGAAAGCGAGCGGAGCACCCGGUCCUUAACCCUGCUAGGUCAGAUGCCUAGCCAUGCCAAGAGGCACAUUAGAGGAACGGCAAUGGGAGGCAAACCUUCAGAGAUGGGAAAGAGAUCGGUAGUUGCCUGGCCUUCCAGGUAGUCCUAGGGAUGGACCACUGGUGAGUACCAGGGUCUUUUUGCAGGGAGAGACUGUUCCAAAGCCAGACUCUGGCAGGUGCACAGCUGUAAAUUUUCUAUAUCGCUGUAUCGCAUCCUUUAGCUACAUGAAUAGUAAGACGUGGCCAUUAUACCUCCAGUAAAGCUGCUUUUCUACUGUACUGCCCAUGUGAAAAAAGGCAUGAAUAGGAAGGUGUGGAAUUGUUUUCU